AUAUGGAAGGCAUAUUCAGCUAGCUCGUAAAUAGAAGUGCAAUGGAGAGGUUCGUUGAUCCGACGACUUCAAGCGUCGGGGUUGCUGUGCAAUGUCGCGCAGCAACGAUAGUUCUCCCGGGGAUAUGAUGUCGAAGACGGCGCCCAUGAAUCCCCUACUGCUGGCAUCCGUGUGCUUCGGCUCCUCGGCUGCGCUGGAAUUCCUUUUCAGAAGGGAAGACGCACAAGAGCCACCAAUGGUGAUGCCUACUCAAGAAUUUCUUGACUUGCUAGUGGGAUACACCCUCGGCAAUAGCGCCAGAGGAAGGCUGACUGUGCUGGCCCCAGAUGAUGUAGAACUUGGGAUUUAUCAGCCUGCUUCUUCAGGCAGCUUAGAAGAUGACAUUUAUCAGUCUGCUUCUUCAGGCAGCUUAGAAGGUGACAUUGACCAGUCUGCUUUGCCAGCAGCUGCUCGGCUUCUCCAGGGCGUCACGGCUGAGGGGGACACCGCACUACAUGCGGUUGCCAGCCAUGGAGACAGCACAGAAUUUCAGAAGUGUGCUCGCAUCAUCAACGAGAGAGACCAAGGCCUCCUGUUUGCGGUGAACAGAAAGGGUGACACUCCCUUGCAUUGUGCCGCCCGAGCUGGUAACUCUCAAGUGCUCUCUUGUCUCAUUGAACUAGUUGAAAGUUGCGACAGGCUGCACGAACUCUUGAGGAAGGAGAAUGUGCUUAAGGAGACGGCCUUGCAUGAUGCUGUCCGCAUCGGAAGAAAGGAUAUUGUGGAGAGUCUAAUGGAGGCUGAUCCGGAGUUGGCUAAUUAUCCUAAAGAAGGCACAUCACCAUUGUACCUAGCAAUUUUACUGAGAUGGGGCGGCAUUGCAGGGACACUAUACGAUAUGAGCAAUGGGAAUCUCUCGUAUUCUGGGCCAAAUGGGCAAAAUGCGCUGCAUACUGCGACUCUUCAAGGCAGAGGGUUCACAAAACUUGUGUUAAAUUGGAAUAAUAGCCUUUCCACACAUGGGGACAGAGAUGGGAGCACGCCUCUUCACUUGGCCUCUUCUUUCUGGAGACACAUUAGUUUCAGGCAAUUAUUCCAAGCUAAUCCAGCACCAGCGUAUCAGGCAGACAACCAAGGGUUGUUUCCCAUACAUAUUGCUGCCUCUAUGGGUAGGAAGGCUACAAUAAGAUAUCUACUUGAGAAGUUUCCUAGUAGUGCCGGAUUGCGGACUGCUCAAGGACGGACAUUCCUUCAUGUUGCCAUUGUGAAAAAGAGAUUGAACAUAGUCUCCUUUGUUUGCCAAACACCAUCUUUGGACUGGAUUUUGAAUAUGCGAGACAAUGAUGGGAACACUGCACUGCAUUUAGCCGUCAAGGUUUCGAGCCUUCGAAUAUUCUGUUGUUUAUUCGGGAAUAUGGAAGUGCAGUUAGAUUUAGCAAACAACAAUGACGAGAGUCCUGUUGAUCUAUCCAGGAGAUACGUUCCUCAAGGAAUGCAUUAUAACUGGGACAAUGAAAAAUGGAUAUGUAGGGCACUCAAAAUGUUUGGUGAUAAUCAUAGUGGCCUUCGCCGAGAUCAAUAUGAAGAAAAGUAUGGUCGCCUGUUAAAACCAGAGGACAGGGUCAAAGAAGCAGAGAAGAUGAAAGAUUCGAGCCAAAUACUAGGAAUCGGUUCAGUUUUAAUAGCAACCGUGACAUUCGGUGCAACUUUUGCUGUCCCUGGAGGUUUCAUAGCAGACGAUCAUACCAAUAGAGGCACACCAACACUUGCUGGGAGGUAUACGUUUGACGCAUUCAUGAUGGCCAACGCGUUAGCUUUCAUUUGCUCCUCGAUAGCUACUGUUGCUCUCAUGUUCUCUGGAUCUCCUUUGGUUAAUUUGAGGACUCGCAAAAUCAACUUAGGCACAUCCUAUUUCUUCAUGUCAAGUUCGCUCACAUGCUUGUCUGCUGCUUUUGCACUGGGUGUGUAUAUGGUGCUAGCUCCGGUUGCUCAUGCCACUGCCAUUGCGAUCUGUGUGCUUAGUCCUCUUGUAGUGCUAUAUGGCAAUCUUGAAUCCUUACUAAAGUUAGGUAUUUUUGCACGGCCGUUAUAUCUUCGAAUGGGACCAAUUCGUGCAUUAAAGUGGUUAGCAAGGGUGAUCACUAUGAAGUUGGUCAGGAAACUUUGGCCGUUCGUACUUAUCUUUGGUUGGGCUGCAAUUGCACAGAAGCUCCGGAACCACUAAUGACUAGAAGCAUCAAACAUAUCAUGAGCCAGAACGAAAUAAAGUGGGUACAUUAAGCUUUGUCACUAAUCGGUUCAUCAGCAUAUGUUUGUUCAGAACUAUAUAUGUUAUGGAAGUUUUGGUGCUUGUUGUUCCUGGUUUGUAACUUUGUUUCUUCAGAGUACUUGUAGUUGUAAUAAGUAAACAUCGUGGAAACGUGGAUGUGACUAAUUAGCAGUGGAUAA